AUGGAAGCUCUGGAAAAAGCCGUGAAGGACAUGGACAACAUCAAGGCCACAUAUGCAGAGCUGAGCGCGCUGCACUCUGAGAAACUGCAGGUGGACCCUGACAAUUUCAUGCUCCUGGGCGACUGCCUGACCAUUGUGGUUGCUUCCCAGCUGCGUAAAGCCUUCACUCCUGAGGUACACGCGGCUUUUCAGAAGUUCCUGGCAGUGGUGGUGUCCUCCCUCAGAAAGCAGUACUACUAGAAAGCUGCAGAGGACCGUCACAUACUCUGCUGUUAAAUUGUACCUCAAAAUGAUGUUAAUAAAUAAGAUAUAUG